CGGGUAACUUUGUUGUAAGAGAAGAGAAUGUGUUUGAAGAAAUUGGAGUUGAUAAAAGUGUUGGUGUUUUGGAGGGAAAUGAAAGAAAUGUGUUGGAGAAAAAUGAAGUUAUUGUGUUGAAAAAUAGUGAAGAGGAAAAUGAGAAAAUAUUAAUAUCCGCAGCCGAUGAAGCAUCCGCAGCACAUGAAGGGGGUAAAG